AUGUCGACACCCAAUGCCGCGACCACUCACAUUACCGAAGCUCCUUCCAGCGGCACAAACGACACGACCCACAUCACAAAUCCGUCGCCAUCGAAGAGCACGGAAUCGCCACCACUGAGCUCGGACGCAACUCCCAGCGCUACUUCUCGAGUACUACAGACCACCGAGCUCCUCGAGGCGAUUCUCUUGAACUUGCCCAUGCAGCAAAUUCUACUCAGCCAGCGCACCUGCAAGACAUUCCAGGACACAGUCCGCGGAUCGCUCAGUCUCCAGCGCAAAAUACACUUCGCUCCGGUGAAAGAUGAGGGCCAACAGCCGGUCGUCAAUCCCUUUCUGGAUUAUUAUCGAUCAAAGGAUCCGAUAUCCCGAAGAGGCUGGCAGGGCGACCGUUUGUAG